AUGGCUGGGAUUUGUUGCGGUGUUGUUGGGGAGAGUGAACCAUCGGCACCGGUGGAUUCGACUACCCGAGCUUCUCUUAGACGGAGGUUGGAUCUACUUCCGUCGAUCAAAAUUGUCGCCAACUCCGCCGUCGCUCCUUCGCUGGAGAGCUGCCGUAAACGGCAGAAGCGUGAUGCAACACCGGCUCUGUUGUCAUCUCCGGGAAAUCUAGAUCUGGAAUCGAAUGUGAGCAGUGACAGGAAAAGGGUGAAGGCGGGAUCAGCGGUUACGAAUCCGUUUAAAAAUUCAAAUCCGAUUCCCAAUUCCGCGACGGAAGAAGCAGAGAGCUGUUUCUUCUCCGAUGUGCCUAAGAUCGGUACGACGUCGGUUUGUGGUAGAAGAAGAGACAUGGAAGACGCCGUCUCGAUUCAUCCCUCAUUUCUUCAGAAAAACUCCGAGGAUCUUCAUUUCUACGGCGUGUUUGACGGCCAUGGCUGCUCUCAUGUUGCGGAGAAGUGUAGAGAGCGGUUGCAUGAUAUAGUGAAGAAGGAGGCUGAAGUUAUGGUUUCCGAAGAGUGGAAGGAGACGAUGGUAACGAGCUUCCAGAAAAUGGACAAAGAAGUGAGCCAAAGAGACUGCAACGUAGUUGCUGCUAAUGGUGCAAGUCGGAGCAUGAAAAACUCCUGCAGAUGCGAGCUGCAAUCUCCUCAGUGCGACGCCGUCGGAUCCACUGCCGUAGUCUCCGUCGUCACGCCGGAGAAAAUCAUCGUCUCUAACUGCGGAGAUUCUCGUGCCGUGCUCUGCCGUAACGGCGUAGCAAUCCCUCUCUCUUCAGAUCACAAGCCGGAUCGACCCGAUGAGUUGAAUCGGAUCCAGCAAGCCGGCGGGCGGGUCAUCUACUGGGACGGAGCUAGGGUUUUGGGAGUUCUUGCCAUGUCUAGAGCUAUUGGCGAUAAUUACUUGAAACCGUAUGUGAUUCCGGAUCCGGAGGUGACUGUGACGGAUCGAACAGACGAAGACGAGUGUUUGAUCCUGGCGAGUGAUGGACUAUGGGACGUUGUGCCUAACGAGACCGCCUGUGGCGUGGCUCGCAUGUGUCUGAGAGGUGCUUCGUCGGCGGAGGGAGGUGACUCGGAUGCGGUGCACAACGCGUGCUCCGACGCGGCGUUGCUCUUGACGAAGUUGGCUCUGGCUAGGCAGAGCUCGGAUAACGUGAGCGUCGUAGUUGUUGACCUGAGGAAGAGGAGGAAUAAUAGUAAUCAAGCGUCUUGA